AUGAAGCUGGUUUCAGUACCGCACUGUGAUGGUUCAACGUGGAUGCAAAAUGGCUUUGACGAACGGAUGCUGAAACAUUCAGAACUUGAAUGUCCUUUAGGCACAACGUUCAUGACAGACGCAUUCGGUGUCAUCUAUAAGAACACUUCCUUAUGGAGAAGCGACAGUUCAAUUCCUGAAUCGGGAUGUAUUCGAAAAAGUGCCGUUCUUCGAAUGUACUUUAUAAUCAAUGAGAAAUUUGUUGAUGCAUUGAUUGUUGAAGUGGUUGAAAUAACCUUCAUUAGUCCAGAUAUUUUAUUCAGCGGGCCGAGUAAGGUGAGGAUAAAAGAUGGGGAUUAUGCUGAAAUUGGACUUGAUGUUGAAUAUGAAAUGCCUGAAAUUGUUCUGAAAUCAUCGAUACUGAAACGUCGUCGUCGCAGUUUGGUUAUACCGGACCCCCUUUUACGAGUAAAAAGAAGCGAAUCGAGCGGUGUUGCGAUCACCAAAUGUUGGCAACCAAUCAUUCCCACAUCCUCACAACCAACGACUACUCUCACAAUCAGAUCAACAUCCGUAUCCACACCUCCUAUGACUACUCUCAUAACCACAACGCAUCUGGUUCAAUCAACCACCUCUGCACCUCAUAUUCGCAUCGAAAACUGUAUACCACCAACCACUUUGGCUCCCACUACAUCGCCAACUGCUCCCACUACAUCGCCAACUGCAACCACUACUGCUCUGACUUCCACAAGAACGACAUCCACCAUUACACCAUCUACAACUACAGAAACCACAUCUACAAGAAUGACAUCCACCAUUACACCAUCUACAACCACAGAAACCACAUCUACAAGAAUGACAUCCACCAUUACACCAUCUACAACUACGGAAACCACAUCUACAAGAACGACACCCACCACCAUCACAUUGUCCACAUCCUCAGCAACCCCAAAACCAACAUCCACCCUUGCGACUUCGAACACUCCAUCCCCUUCAUCGAACGAAAAGACUGUCUCCACUACAGAUUCAAUGAGCACUGCUGCAACGACCAGCAAAACGGUUGCACAUACUUCCGAAUUGAUUACCACGCCAGUGCCAAUUCGGAUUGAUGAUUGUCUUGAGCCAACCACAACCGUCAGCAGUACAUCCACAUCCAUUCGGAUUCCGCCUACAACCACAGCUGCAUCCUCCACAACAACUGCUCACAUCACUUCGCGAACCUCAUCACCACAAACUUCAUCAGAAACCAAUCGACAAUCCCAAACACCCUCCACGACUACUCUUACGUUAUUCAAUCCAACAACUACUACGAUAGCGCCAGCGACGAUUUCUCCUUCGCAUACUGCUAAAGUCACAGAAUUUCCUUUAAAAACGAGCAGUGCAUCGUCGCUUGUUUCAAGCACGGCUACCUGUCAAACGUGCACCAGCAGUGCUGCCAUACCAUCUACGAGCACCAGAAGAUCUACCACAGAGAGUAAUCCCAUGACCACUCAAAUGUCUUCCACGCUAACCUUACAUAGAACAAGUCUCAAAUCAUCAGUGCAAAUUUCUUCCACAAUUACAGCAACAUCCACUACAGCUGACCAUCAACUGUCUACAUCAGUCCAAGAAACUACGACUGAACGUUCUCCUAAGACAACGGCACUCACAACUUCCCCUAACAAGUCUUCUCCCACAACUACGAAAAGUUCUUCCACUCAAACUCAGCUCACAACCAAGAAAACUUCACCCACUCAGAGUUCUUCCGCAACUACAAUGUCACGCUCCUUAAGUGUUUCUCAUACGACACCCGCCAUUCAAGCUAUCUCGACAAGCACAGAGGCAUCAUCCACUGAGACUCCUCUCACAUCUCCUUCUUCCACUGAGACAUAUUCCACUGAGACUCCUCUCACAUCUCAUAAGACAACUCCUUUUCUGACCGAAAAACCUUUUUCCACCAAGAUUCAUUCAGAAACCACUGAUGUUUCUACUCCUCAGCUUCUUUCAACAGUUGCCAGUCUUCCAUCUACUCAAGUUUCAACCACAGUUAUGAAUUAUACUGUCACUCAGAGCAGUUCAGAUACUUUUCAAACGACCUCUAGAACGCCCGUUCGGACUUCUUCCGCAAUUACCACAACAUCCCCACCUCAGAUUCUCUCAACAACUUUCAAGGAGUCUCUUCCUCACACCUCUUCUAAAACCUCGGAAAAAUUUUCUACUCAAGCCACCUCUACUCAAAAUCCUUCCGGAAGUACGCGAGAACCGACUUCUUCUCUAGUUCCUUCUGAAACUUCUGUAACAGUGUCUACUGAAAUUCUAGCGAAGGAAACGUCUCCCAUCGGCCUUUCAUCGACAGCCACGAGAGCACAUCUCUCAACCAUUACAUUAUCUAGUGGAAAUACUAAACAAUCGACGGCAUCAAGUAGUGUUACUAAUAGCAUGAGCAUACCUACGUUGACAUCCAAACGAGCUCCAUCUUCAACUCUACAGCGUGAGAUAUCCACAUCAGAGGUUCGAGAAUUCACCACUGCAACCGCGAAAGAUAAGUACAGCAGCACGAAAGAUUCUAAGGAAACGACAACAUUUCAACAUCAUUCCAGUUCGAGAUCAGAAACUAUAUGCGUAAAUGUAACAAGAAACGCUCACAACACUGCAACAACAGUGAACGCUCUUAAUACAUCACUAUUUUCAACGUCGAAAGCUUUCACAUCUUCACAGGCUCUCUUAACAUCAGCAACAACUGAACAGAGGAUCAGCGAUAAUUCUGUUGCUAUGACCUCGGAAGAGCGAAGUACCGAACUAUCCACUGUAGGGGUGAAAACCUCCAUCAAAACGUCCAAUGAACCAUCUAGCGAAACAACUGUGCUCAAGAAAUUGACAUCUGUGACGGGUGACGUAACAGCAACAACAACAACAACAAUGAGAAGGAAAGAAGAACUAGGCGAAGAAUCAUCAGCGGAGUCGAUAAUAACAACAACCAUUCCAAUACUUCUGCAGUCUUCUGCUUCUGAAUCAGCAACGCAAUCGUAUCGUGAGGAAUCCACAUUCCAAAGCAGUUCCGGAGCAUAUAAAAGUAGCGAAAGGAAUGAUGAGAGUGGAAAGACCACUGAGACUGGUUUGUCGACGGAUCACUAUGCAAAGACAUCAUCUAGUGAGCACCAUUACAAAAUCACUCCAACAACAGCUGUAAAGGAGACUGCAACUCGAAAUAGGGAAAUAACAUCGAAUGAUCACAAUGAUAUUGAUCGCACAACAUCCAAAGAUCAUAAAAGAGGAACCGAGGAUGAUAGAACUUUCUCGACUAGCACUACAACUGAUGAAAAAAGCUUUAUCACUCCGAGUGAUGUGAAAGGAUCAGAAUACUCGACUGCAACUCACCUGAAAAGUACCAUGGAAACGAGUGAAGGGCGGUCGACUUCGAUCUCCAGAGGCGUUGAUGAAAGCACUGCAACCACUUCACUAAAACGCCGCUUUCAGGAUGUGAUGACAACAUCUGAAACCAUCAGAGAAACCAACGAACAGUACCAUCACUCUGUUCAAUCUCAGUCAUCGGAUUAUGUCACUCAUCGAAGACCGACUAUAUCCUCUUCGGCAACAUCGGAGCCGAAUGCAGUUUCAGAAUCAACCCCUCAUUCAGAAUCAACCCCUCAUUCAGAAUCAACCCCUCAUUCAGAAUCAACCCCUCAUUCAGAAUCAACCCCUCAUUCAGAAUCAACCCCUCAUUCAGAAUCAACCCCUCAUUCAGAAUCAACCCCUCAUUCAGAAUCAACCCCUCAUUCAGAAUCAACCCCUCAUUCAGAAUCAACCCCUCAUUCAGAAUCAACCCUUCAUUCAGAAUCAACCCCUCACGAACGUACUCUUCAUUCUUUUGAUGACAACGAUUCAAGCACCAUGACUGAUCCUGGAACAGCUACUGACUGUGCUGAUCACUGCGAGCACACAGUUAGUUCUACAGUCAGUAAAGUGGACGAAGAAAUGUUCUCGCCAACUCUAUCCGUUCAAGAAAUGAGUUCCGAACAUCUAUCAGGAAACGAAGCGAGCUCCUCAAGAGCCUAUACAGAUCACACUGAUAGAACAGCAAACGAUAACGAAACAACCGUAAAUUUGGAUUCUGAAAUCACAUCAUUGCGACGAAGUAGUACGACUGAUAAUGAGAAUAAAGAGAAUACGCAUAAAACAACUGAUCAGGACCGUUCGAGCAAUAUAGCUGAGCGUGCAACGACUACUGACCACGGUGAUCAAUAUGAACAUGCAACUACUGUGAGCCUCACUGAAAUGAGAACAACAAGGUACUCCAAAAGUCCUUCCACUCAGCAAACAAGCCAUGAAUACUCGUCAGUAAGUGUAAAUGGGUCUCGAGGAGCGUAUGAUGAUCGUACAACUACUCAAGUAACCGAAAAUGGAAAUGAAAAUGAUGGAAUCACCGUUUCGGAUUCUGGAGUAGUCACUCAAUUGCAACAAACUAGUACGACUCAAAACGGAACUGAAGCAAUCACAUAUUUAGCAACAGCGCUCUCAUCCCAGUCAUCUCAUGAAUCAACACGAAAGGAUUUGAUUGAGAGAGAUCAUACAACAACUCAACCACACCAAGAAUGGGACGAAAAUUCUAUGGAAUAUCUCAUCAACACAACCGUAAUAAUCGGUACUACGACAAGAUAUAGCAGUCAUCCUUAUUCAACAUACGUAAAAGAAGCAACCAGUUCACCGAUCGAAGCAUUGCAUUUUGAAACUAGUCACUCAGGGCACGAUCUGAGUUAUGGAAUGGAGAGUUCCGCGCAAUAUUCCCACCUCUUAUCAUCGACCACAAUGAGUGAACAUGGUAAGGAAUCGACAAUAAUUGCCGUUACGGCGACAGAAUAUCCGAAAGAGUUCGGUGGUUAUAAAGUGAGCGUUUCAAAAAGAAUUUUGAAGGAGAAAAUGAUAAUGCUGGACAUCAUAGAAGAGGCAGCCGAGGUAAUCAUUCAGGAUGCUAUCGAUUACAGCAGUGGCAAAUAUACGACUACCACCUCAAAAGCAUUAUCGAGCAGUACGACCAGCUCAUCAGACCCACUCGACGGGAACUAUCCGUUAGAGGAAACUCAUUCGCAUGAGUCCACUGAUGAAGGUUCAUCAAGUAAGGGCAAGAAUUACCACAGUAGUAACGUUGAGGAUAGUACAAGUGGAUUCAUAUAUUCCACCUCUCAUCAUCAUCGUUUUUCUACUCAUGAUUUGUCCGAGUUGACCACAGAAAGCGAAUCAAGUACUCAGACCAUAUAUUCAACGCAAUCGCACUCUGGUAGCAGCACAGCCAAGGAUGACAGUUUUGAGUUUCCUUAUUAUAUUGCAAACACGCCAAUUGCUGGAACCAAGUCUACAUUAAUGUUUAGAUGUGUUCCACCGUGCCCUAGAAUGCGCAGAACCGGCGUAUUCAAGCUAACACGUGGUAUCAAUAUGUUCGUUGUGUUCGAACUCUUUCGUCAUGGAAGUGAUGAUAAUUUGAAGAAUGUUUAUUUCGAGAGGAAUCUAACCCAAAAGAAUACUCAUAGAUCAUGGCAAAAAGCACAGAUCAUUCAACAAACUAACUCUACCAUGAGUGUGACACAACUGAAUAACCAUCCACCUCGUGGUGGAAUGUGUGGUGUGAAGCCAUCGGUGGUGACUGGAUUUGAAGAAGCAACUGCUCAGUGUAUCGGUUGGAUCGAUAAAGAUGGCGUUGCAAAUUAUACAUUUUAUGGUUAUGCAUACCAUUCCUUAUGCCUCUAUCUGAUACCUCCGACUGAUUUUAUCAAGUUGAACAUCUACUGUGGCGAAAUGGUCAACGGCACUCAAAUCCCGACGUUGAUUGCGACUAGCAAUAACGGCACUCUUAAAUUUACUGUUGCUGACGGCCAAUUCGAGAUUCUGGUUAAAAUCACUGAUAGAUUGGGUGCACAAACUGGCUUCAUUACUGUUGGUUACAUUCAAGGAAUUGGUCCUCCACCGAAUGAAACAGCGUUGGUGCAUGCAAUGAGAAGGAUACUGUCAGGUGCGAUUCAAAUGGGCAAUUUAACAAGUAAACAAGUUUUCAAAAUUGUUAACGAUAUGUUGGAGAGUGCGAAUCAAGCAAAAGCGAAUAUCGUCAACAAAGUUAUAUCAUCCCUUUCGAAAAAUGGUUUCUCAUCGCCUUCACAAGUCGUUUCCAGUAUUCAGUCCUUGAAGAAUGUUGUUUGUGGUCUAGGCAGCUUCACUAUCGGUUUAAAUGGUGAUGGCAGUAGCGGUAGUUUCAUUGGCUCAGGUGUCCACUACAUACGAUUCGGAAUAAUACACACUGCUUCCUAUAAUCUCGCCGUGAUACAAUCUCUUGUAUGCCAUACAUCUAUUCGGGAGUUUUUUUUAACUUGCGUAAUCAUUCGUCGGAUUCAUGGAAAUUUCGAUGGAACUAUUUCAUUUUGA